AUGUUCCUUGCUGAUUUAGGUAUUCACAAAUCCGGAAUACAAGGAGAAUUUCUCACGCCUGAAAGCGCGACUGCUGCUAAGCUGAUCGUACAAGGAUUUUCUUUCCAUGGACAUGAAAUGAAAGCAUUUCUUGCGCAGAGAGUUAUUCUUCGGCCAUCUUCGUCAUUACUCUCUCCACCUCCUCUUGAGAAGCAAUUCCUCAUCUCACCUCCGUGUUCUCCACCAGUUGGCUGGUCUCAAACAAAGGAAAUGGCACCAGUUAUUUGUAAUUUCGAUCUGAUGGCACGACUAGCAUCCUUUGCACUUGAGGACAAAGAGGGGAAAGUGAUUUCCUUCGUAAGUCAGUUCAAAAUGCUACUGACCAUCCUUACUGUUUUCACAAAUCCGGAAUACAAGGAGAAUUUCUGUCAGUUGUUCACGCAAAUCGAGGAGAAUAUUCAUUUCGAUUUUCUGAAAAGCUUUCGACGCGUCCGAGUUAUUUUUAGGCAAGUUCCUUGUCUCAUAGUUUGA